GAGAUAAAAACCGUUUAAAAUGAUAACUUAUGAUAACAAUAAAUAAGCUACUGAACUUAAAGGACGUCGAGUCGAAUAAUCACUACUCAGUUGUAUCUAUUCUGUGGUCGAGUAUCGACUAUCGAGUUUAGUUUUUAGUUUAGUUUAGUUUAGUUUACUAUUUAGUAAUAAAUAAUAAUUAGUAUUAUCUCACACUGUGCUCAAUUUUGUGUUAUGUCAUAGUGACACACUGACACUCGUGAUUAAUUGUGAAGUCUUGAUCAAAAAUCAAAAUAUACUUUCAUGGUUUCAUUAGGUGCUUAUGGAGUGUACUACGUUAAAUUGAUUUAAACUUUUAAUUAAAUUCAUAGUGGAUGAUCAAAAAUUAUUUUUUUUAAAUUUUAAAUGUAAAAAAGAACCAAGAAGCCGUGUUUUCCUGUCUAAGUCUAUAUAAAGAUAACAGAUCGCCUUAUCAUCAACCAGUCGUCGGUGGGUAGUCUUUCACAGGUUGUCCUCGACGGCUCGACGUCCGCUUCAUCCGGGUACACUGUUCGUUCUGUUGUUUUGUUUACAUAUUCAUUUUUCAAUAUUUACGAUUUUUUCGUAAACAUAACAUAUUCAAUUACGACCAUCAAAAAUUCGAGUGAUAUCAAAAUAUAAACCUGCGCGAUGGCUAUUUCCAAUAUAGAAAUGCACAAUCGUGUAACUCGUCAUUUGGAGAAUUCUCAUAUUAUAAUAUCAUCCGAAAACGAAUGGUUUAAGCAAUGUGUGGAAUUCUUUAUGUCUGAUAAUCYAAAUUGUGAUGCAAAAGGUUUAUCGGCAAUGGUGAUUGAACAAUUAAGUUUAUCUGAUUUUCAAGAAAUUGCAUUGUUCAGUUUACCAGCCAAUUUAAAUAAUUGUGAUAAAAAAGUUUUAACCGGAAAAUAUUGCCUUCAGGUGAAUACCAUUCUAGAUGUUGGCCAAUCAUGUUAUUCACAAUACAACAUAUUAGUAAAAAGAGAUACUAGUAAUACUGAAAUUGGUGAUAAUAAACCAGCCCCUUGGGAACCUAAAUCACAUAGAAUGUUAAAGAUGAUGUGUUCUGAUGGUCAACAGGAUAUAGUAGCUAUGGAAUAUGAGCCAUUGCAAUGUCUUAAAGAACCAUUUAUACCUGGCUUCAAAAUAGUGGUUGUUGGUCCAGUUGAAUAUAGAAAAGGAGUGUUACUAUUAAAAUCUAGUAAUGUACACUUCAUUGGUGGCGAGGUUGAACAUUUAUUAAUUAAAAAUGCACCAUUAAAUGUAUUAUGUAGGGCCCUAAACAAACCCGAAUUAGAAAAUCCAUACAUUUUUUCAAAUAUUGAAGUCGAAAACGCUGUUAUGGAAGAACAUGAACCACAUAUUAUUMCACCUAGACAGAUAGAAAAUGUUUCUGCAGUUGGUAUACGAGAACAGAACUCUACAAUACCCCCAACUAAUACAAAUCAAAGUAAUAAUAGCAACCAUAUUGGAAAUGGAACUAUUACAUAUGAUGAUUUUUUUGAUGGUGAUGAUGAUUUGUUAUAUCUGACUCAAAUGGCAGAAAUUGAAACAAGACUCACUCAAUCCAAUGAGACAAAUUCAGUACCAUUACAAACAUUUAAUACACCCCUAAAUAAUACCAAUGUCAAUAAUACUAAAAUUUCAGUUCCUAAAAACAACAUAACAAAUAAGAAGCCAGCAGUUACUGGAAGACAGACUAAAAUAUCUGAUAUGUUAGCUCCAAGUACUUCAACAGCAUCUAGAAGUUCAGUAGCUGAACCAACUAGGUUUCAAAAUGAUAGUAGCAAUAGCAUGAAUGUUAAACAAAUAUCAGGGAAACGUAUUGCUAGUUCGCCAGUAUAUACUGAAACUAAAAAGCCAUCAAUUGAACUGCACAGACCAGAUGAUGAUUGGGGUGAUAUUGAUAUGCAUAUUGAUGUUUCAAACCCAUUGAUUAAAGUCAUAAAUUCUGCUUCUAUUGUGAAGAACUCAAAAAUACAAGUGAAACAAAACGAAUGGAUAUGUUCUGGUAUCGUGAUGGAUGAAUCUAAACAUGAAGAAGCUGAAUUCUCAUCAGAUGUAUUGGAACAUUUAAUUGGAAUUACACCAACAGAAGUUCUUCAGUUAAAAAACAAUCCUUUAAACUGUGCCCAACUAAAAGAAAAAAUUGAAAAAGGAAUUAAAGGGGCGUAUAGAAAGUUGCACUUAUUCAAAGGUAAGAUAACUUUGACCUAUUCAUUAGAUGAAAAAAAAAAACCAAUUAUUACAGACAUGGUAAUAAUAUAACUAUAUAAUAUAGU